UUCACUGGGAUUCAAGCUGUGCACAAAACAGAUCGCCGAUGUGAGAGAGUAGGGGGCUUCAGCGAAUAGGAGCAGCAGGAAUAACGAGGUCUGAUUGGCCUUCGGCUUCAGUACUGAGAAGCUUUUCCAGCCAAUCAAUUGUCCCCGCUCCUCAUUUUAGAUGCUCGACUCGCCAUGCUAUAUCUCGGUCAUUGAUUGAUGAUGCAACUAGCCAUACCUCUGUCUUACCUCAUGUCUGAUCCUCCACUUGGUCCACCUAGAGUGGCGAUUCCUCGUCUGGAGAGGCGUGGAGGUGAUUAUAGACCUGCUCCAACUCGUAACGCUACGAAAAGGGUGACCAAAGCAUGUGUUGAUUGCCGAACACGUAAGAUAAGAUGCAGUGGAGAGAUCCCAAAAUGCCAGAACUGCAUAACCCACGGCCUGAUUUGCACUUAUCCACAAGCUCGAACAGAUCGCCUUAAGAGUGCUACGAGUCAUGUCGCCCAGCUCGUCGAUCUUCUAAAGGAUUUGAGUGUGCAGGUCGAUGAAGAAGGACAGAAGAAGAUCGACCAGAUUAUGCUCUCGCUUGAAGGAAACUCUGCGACAGCGAGCACUAAACCCGUACUUUCGCAACAGCGGCCGAACAAGAGAUCGCGAUCAACUGCCGAAAGCCUCGAUGGAGAUUCCGAAGCCGACGUAUCAAGCUCAGUGGCAUCGAACGAUAAUCUAUAUUAUGUAGAUGAAGACCUCUUCCUUAACCGCGAAUCAAGAGCUACCGGCUUCAUCGGACAAAACUCUGUACUUCAAUGGUUUCGAAGUUUAAAGCUCGACAUUGGGAGGCUGGAGUCGACAGAUCCCACCAAUCGGACAUACAGCGACGCGAGUGGGCAAUCUCUGGGACGGGACACAUUUAUAGGGGACAUCUCGCGAGUCUCAAGCUCUACGUUCUAUCUUGAUAGUGACGAGGUUGAGUCAGACUCUAUGGCGGAUCCUUGGAUUCUCCCUGAACCUGAGAUAGCAGAGGCCUUAUUCCACACCUACUUGCAAACAGUACAUCCAUCGUUUCCUCUACUUCCUAGCACGUUCGAGGUAGACUUCCGUAAAUUUCACACCUCAGCCAUUCAGGGUCGUCGUUACCCGCUCACGGAUUGUUGGAAAGCUACAUUAAAUUUGGUGUUUGCGAUAGGCGCACAACACUCACAUCUGGCACAGUCACCAUGGCGUUCGGAGAAACUGGAUCAUGUAUCGUAUUCGACAAGAGCUGUGAGGCUUCUAUGUUUAGAUCGAAUGAUCACUGCUAUGAAAGCACCUUCUUUGGAGGCUAUCCAGGCAACAGGCUUGCUAUCCCUGUACUACCUGAUGACAGGACAGGUCAAUCGGGCUUGGAUGGUGAUUGGUGUGUCUCUUAGAUUCUCGCUUGGCGUUGGUUUACACCUGCGAAACGAUGAUACGUCAACCUCCAGCAACACCAAGAACGACAUGUCGCGCACUUGGUGGACCUUGAACUCGAUUGAAGUUCUUCUAUGUGUCAUGACGGGCCGACCUCGUGCGAUCUCGAGUGAACAAUGCACUGCUCCUCGGCCUUCUGUUAAUCUAGAUGUAUCAGUUCGCCAGGAUAGUACUGUUCUGCUCCAGGAUCAAAUCCAGGAUCAGACAUGGGAUAUACGAUCUCCAGCCAAAUCUGUUCUCCAAGAAACUAUUACCAGUAGUUUAUAUCGAGCAUCGUUCACAGCAACAUCAAUAGACCUCGAUAUCGUCAUUGAAGAUAUUAUAUCCUGUCUUUAUCCCUCCCACGAAUCGGGAAGAACUUGGAGAUCCGUCGAGAAAAAGAUUGAGGCUUCGUUAAACCAAUUGCAAAAUUGCAUCGCCGAGCCACUGCCUCAGGACUACCGGUCUCUGGCUCUCAUUGAUCCUAGCUUCCAGCGCGAACAAUUGUUGCUCAGCUUCCAGUAUCACAGCGUCAAACUCUUGAUCCAUCGCUCUUACUUAUCACGACUACAUUCGCGAAGUAAAGUAGAUGGUCACUCCACUGAAUCCGUGGAAAAGGCCCUCAAUACGUGUUUCGACGCCGCCGUUGCGUUGACGAAUCUCUUCCCCGACCAGCCGGACCUCACUUUCAUUUAUCAAAGAAGCCCAUGGUGGUGUAUUACCCACAUUGCCAUGCAGGCCACAGCAGUUUUCCUUCUCCAACUCUCUAUCGGUGGCGGUAAUACACCCCGGGACGAUACUGCCAGACAUGGCGUUAGGAAACUUCUUUCCUGGCUGAAGCACAUGGGCUCGAGCAAUGCUGUCGCGGAACGUGCUUUUGAGCUGGUAGUCGACAUCGUGGUAACGGGUGCAUCAACACUGAAAAUCGAAAUUUCUGACAUUAUUGACGGAGCCAAUUACGAUCAAUCACAGUCCUUCCACGUAAGCGGAUGGUCGAUGAACGAGGCAUUGCUAAUCUCUCCUGGAAUGAGCCCUUUGAAACCCGAAACGGCGCGGUCCGAUACAUAUCCCACUACUGCGGCAACUAUGAACGACCAUUACCCACCCAAUCUUUGGAACUCGCAUGACGUGCAAGGAACUUACAAUUUGCCCCCUAAUCAAUAUAAUAUGCCAGUAUCAACUGGGGGCGUGCCCCCAGUAUUCAGCAAUCCUUUCGCUCCCGACUACGGCAUUUUCAACACACCUGAGAAUUGGGGUUUCCAGGACGGUCAAACGAGGAACAGCAGUGCUUGA